AUGAUUAUUUCAAAAGAUCUGUUUCUGCUGGGAGACCAAGACUACUUGCGACUCCCGAAUAAGGACGAAAAGCGGCCGACUAUGAUAAGACCCGUUGUUAAACCUCAGAGAUCAGAAUCGACAACAGUACACUUUCCAUGCCUGAUAACAGAUCACCGACCGUUGCCUGUUCAUCUGGCUUUUCGUGGUUUGUCGGCCAGCGCUGGAGACAGACAGAUCCUAAAGGAUGUCGACGGUCUUGUCCGGCCUGGCCAACUAUUGGCCGUACUCGGACCCUCAGGUUGUGGCAAAACCACUUUGCUCAAUUGCCUCAGUGGACGGCUUCGGAUCGAUUCCGGACAAAUAUUACUCAACAGAGAACCGUUAUGUAAAAGGUGGAAGAGGAGGAUCUGUUAUGUCCUUCAGCAGGAUAUUUUCUUUCCAGACCUCACAUUACGUCAAACAUUGGAGUUUCAAGCGCGACUGCGUCUUCCGGAUUCUAUGAGCCAUUCUCAAAAGAUGCAAUACGUGGAUCAUAUCAUUGACGUUCUCGAGUUGGGCGGCUGUCAAGAUACCAUUAUCGGAGAUUAUAUCAAAAGGGGUCUUAGUGGCGGAGAAAAGAAGAGGGCAAACAUUGCCUGCGAACUUCUCACCAAUCCAUCACUGAUGCUAUUGGAUGAGCCCACGUCUGGUCUAGAUUCUCAUGCAGCUUACAGUCUUAUGUCAACGUUGAAGAGGUACGCGGUGUCAGAAGGUAAAACUGUGGUCGUAACGCUACAUCAACCCUCAUCUCAAAUUUUUCAUCUCUGUGAUAAACUUUUGCUUCUCUGUGGGGGGCGUUCUGCCUACUUCGGAGACACGUCGAAAGUCGUGGAUUUUUUCAGUAGUGUUGGACUGAACAUCAUGCCUCAUUACAAUCCUGCUGAUUUUAUAUUGGAACAGAUAAAAGGAUCUGGUGAAGUUCGACAGAAAGUAGUACAAGCCGCGUUGGAAGCACGGAAACGGAAAGAUUAUCCCGUGGAGCUCCAGAAUAAAGACUGUGUUAAUAUUUUAGAUAAAUAUGGAGACACUGGGAGGAACAUACACUGCCAAUAUCCCCACUUGGACCAAGAUACGUUAAAUGCGAUGGAUCCAGAAGUGAAACGUUUGUGGUUAGACACUCAUUCUCAUGCAUCGUCUUCAGUUAGUUCUGAAACUAGUGAGUCGGAUUGUUAUUUUUCGUGGCCAACAAGUUUUUGGACUCAAUUUAAAGUGUUAUCUCAACGAAAUUUUCUCGAAGCAAGACCACGUAUGCUAUCAAAGUUAAAUCUUAUUCAAACAUUAGGACUGGGACUUCUGGCGGGACUGCUUUGGUUCCAGCUGGAUCGGAAAGAAGAAGCUUUACACGAUAUCCAAGGUUGGAUGUUCUUCUCUACCACUUACUGGAUGUUAUUUGCUCAUUUCGGAGCCCUCAGUUCGUUUCCACCAGAAAGAGAAGUGAUUUAUAAAGAACGAAGAUCGGGAGCCUACAGGCUAUCGGCAUAUUAUUUAGCGAAGAUGAUGGGCGAAUUACCUCUUAUUAUCACACUUCCAGCAAUUUACCAUCUGAUUUCGUAUCCCAUGCUAGGGUUUCACUCACCAACUGUGUUUUUAACACUUCUGGGAUUUCUUCUCUUGAACACGGUGGUAGCCCAAAGCGUUGGUUUCUUUAUCGGCGCUUCGUGUAUGGACAUGCAAGUGAGCAUCACUAUAAGUGCCCUGUACACGUUGGCAACGCAACUAUUUGGAGGUUAUUUGGCUACCAAUAUUCCACCUUGGUUUACGUGGAUGAGGUACUUCUCCAUGGUACAUUACGCGUACCAGAAUAUGCAAAUCGUCGAGUUCAGCGAAGGGCCGAUUCGAUGCGCAGCGCAGUCGAAGUUUGAAGUAUGUGGCAAGAGCAACGUGAGUCACAUACCGACAGAUGCCAUUUUAGAGGCGCAGGGUAGCUACCUCCCGCUAUGGGCGAACACGUUGGUGUUGUUGGUGUUCCUGUUAGUGUUUCGAGUACUGGGCUACGUUGUGCUCCGAUACUUUCGCACUCCCAAGUGACCAUUUCGUAACCUCUCCCAUAACCAAAUGUGAUAAUUCCCAGAAAAUCCUCCUGGGACAUUAACUCGUCGUUAUUGAUAUUUAAGCUUGAUAAUAGCUGCAGAGACUGUUUGUUGUUUUGUACUCGUACUGUUUUUUAAAGUAUAAUAAUAUAAAAAAAAGUGACUGUUUCGUACAGAUUAUUCUGAACUGGCUGUGCUAAAUAUUAUUAAAUUUAAGCUAGAAUACUUUACUAUUAGUUCUUGUAAUGUUUUUAAGUUAAGUUCUUGUAUAUUUUUUAAAAGCCGACGUAUUCAUUCCAACUAAUUUCGUGUGCAAGAGGUUGGAGACGUGACCUUGAUUGUAUAUUAUGGGAGGGUUGUAGGUACUCCUGAUAAAUUAUUAUUAUUACUACUCUAUUAUUAUUAUUAUUAUUAUUAUUAUUAUUGAUAUUGUUGAUAUAUUCAAAAUUGUUACAUUUAGGCAAUCGUUGAUUACAUGAAAAUGACUAUCAUAUUAAUACUUGUUGACGCUGAAUAAAUUUUUUCGAAAUAAUUUAUAAUCAAGGUAAGUCUACAUACGCUAAAUAAAUUACUCUAUUCUGUAUGAUUUGGUGUCUGAGAUAAGACAAUGUAACACGUGAAACAUCACAAUAUGAACAUCACAUUACAAAAAAAAAAAAUGAAUUUCACUGCUGUAGGCAAUUCGGUUACUGACGAAAAAUUUACAGUUGUUUUUUUCAAAUAUAAUGUAUAUUAUGUCUAUAUAUAUAAUACACAAUAAGUGACUUCUUCCAGUUUUUAGAAACUUAGUUUUUAUAUAUAUUUUUUUGUAAUGCAGUGAUGUAUUUAUUACAAUUACAAGAAAUUCUUCGUAAAUGUGCAUUACCCAACCCGUUACUAAAAUGUUACCUGCCUGAAGUGCCAUCCCAGUUUUCUUGUUCAAUGCCAAAGACCGUCAAGUCUAAAAAGAUGCCGCACAAAACGUAAAAAAAAACGACAAUAGAAGUAACAAACAACCCUUAGUGUUUAGGUUUUCUGUUACGUUGUCUUUGUAGAAUUGAACCUAUAUAGAAGAACCAGGGAUGUUGUAAUUCUUCUCUAGCUACAUACUGAUUUAAAUGUGUUGUUGAAUGAUUUACGAAAAUAUUACAUUAUCAAAUGCGUUUGUUUUUAAAUCAAUUCCAAAAUAUCGUACGUUUGAAUGCUCAAAUCAAUUUUCUAACCUCAUUUGUCGAAGUGGUGUGAAUGACCGUAACCAAAAAUUUUUGGACGUAGAUAGUGCCUUAAUUGUUUCCAUUUGUUAAUGUAACUUUUUCGUAAAUCGGAAACUGCGAAAGAGUGAAAUUGGUUCCGUUAUGUGUGCCUUUACAAUUAAUCACCAGCUACAAUGAACUGCCAGAUCUGGUUAGAGCUCAGUAAAAGCUAAAAGCCGGAUAAUCCGUUUUUGCCAUGUAUCGACGAUUGAAAUUGUUUGAAUUGUAGGGUGCGUUUAUUCAUUUAUUUUUGUCGCUAUUUUAUCUGAGAUUAUGAUUACCAGUCAGUGUUCACAGCAAACUUAGUCAAAGUUUGGUCCUCACAGACAUUGUUGACAGUUCACGUUGUACAUACAUUCGGUCAGUCAUAGGAGAACAUGUUUGUUUCAUCUCUCGCCAUCAGCUGACGAACAUGCUGUGUUGGACGGUGUAAAAUAACCAUAUACAUAAUUAAUAGCAAAGUACCCAUGUAAGUGUAAAACAUCUGUCUAUUUAUUGUACAAGUCCCGGAAGUGUGUCCCAAAAUUGAUUGAUGCCAACCUAUCAAACGAAUUAUAAUUACAAAUUUAUUUGUCUUUUCGAGUUAAGGCACGAUUUCGUUUGUUUUGUGUUUGAAGCGUGGUGAUAUUGACGUGACAACGUCUUAUAAUUUGAUGGAGCCCCGGCUGCACGCACGAAAAAACGCGACUCAUGCGGCGU